AUGGAUGAAGCUUCUAUCACAGACAUGAUGCCUCGCACAGUGUACGAGCUCAUAGAGCAACUCGCGGUCAACGAGCCAGACCUCCCCCUCAUCGCCUACCCUAGCGACAAGAACACUAAUGACUUUGUGCACUACACGGCACAAGAUCUAAAUGGCUAUUCUUCCCAAGUCGCAGAGCACUAUGCCGAGUUUAUUCACCCCAGGAGAAAUUCUUCAGAUCGGAUAAGGGUAGUGGCGCUUCUCGCUCCGUCAACAGUCGACUAUCUGAUCUCAACGUUGGCGUUGUGCAAGCUGGGAUUCACCGUUCUUUUUCUUUCUACAAGGCUCGCAGAUGCGGACUUUGUCGGUCUACUCAACGAGACCAGUUGUUCAGAUGUGAUAUUGGAUAAAAUCUUCCACGAACGGAUCUCGAAUCUUAGGGAGCGAGUGUCGGGCCUGCAGACACACAUCAUUGCCGACUGGAAUAUAUACCUUACACCUAGUCGAAAUAACCCAAUAGACCAGGAGCUUGACCUCAAUGUUGAAACGAACAAUGCGUGCUGGAUCAUUCACUCGAGCGGCUCCACAGGUCCUCCUAAGCCUGUGCCGCAAAAACAUUCGGCUAUACUUCGCAACGCUGCCGAUAAUUUUGGAAUGACCGCCUUCAUAACUUUGCCGCUCUUCCAUGCCCAUGGUAUCAGCAGCGUCAUUCGAGGGUUCACUUCCAGAAAAGAAGUAUUCUUAUACAGCGCCUCCUUACCAUUGACCGGAGCGCGACUUGUAGAGACAUUUGAAAGUUAUCAAUUUGAGAUGUUUUCUGGGGUACCUUAUGCCUUGAAAUUGAUUGCAGAAACUCCACAAGGCACAGAAUUGUUGAGUCGAAUAAAGCUGGUCACUUUUGGUGGCUCAUCAUGUCCAGAAGCUCUCGGGGACGAAUUGGUCCGUAGGGGAGUUAGGCUAGCUUGCCAUUAUGGAUGUACAGAAUGCGGCCAAUUGAUGACAUCUGUACGCCCACCUGACGAUAAGGAUUGGAAUUACAUGCGCAUAUCUUCCAGAGCUGCACCUUUCCUUCACUUUGAGGAGCAAGAUUCCAGUAGACUAUAUGAGCUUGUCGUACUGCCCGGAUGGCCUGCCAAGGUAGCUCAAAACCGGUCUGAUGGUUCAUAUGCCACCAAAGACUUGUUUAUAAAACACCCGACGAAGCCGGACCGUUGGAAACUCGUAGGAAGGUUGGACGACACCCUUGUGUUGCUAAAUGGCGAAAAGGCAAUACCACUCCAGAUGGAACAAUUGGUCCGAAUGAACCCAUAUGUUGUCGACGCGGUGGUGUUCGGCUCGGGAAAGCCGAUGCUCGGUAUGCUCGUCAUCGCGUCUGAGAAUGCUCGUGAACUUGAAACAGAAGCCUUCCUGGAUAUAAUUGAAAAAGAUGUAGCAAAGGCCAACACCCUCCUCCCUGCGUAUGCCCGCAUCGACAGAGAUAUGAUUCGUGUGCUCCCUUUUGGCACGGAAUAUCCCAAAACAGACAAGGGGACUGUGAUCAGAGCGGCAUUCUAUGCUCGAUUCGCAGACAUCAUAGAGCAAACCUACGAUGCUGCUGCUGCGGAUUCCUCCAAGGAGGCCCGAGAAAUGGCCCUCUCAGAACUCGAGGAGUUUCUGCGCAAGACCUUCAUUGAAGUACUUGGCCUUAGUGACCAGGAGGUCGGCCAGCUUCAAAACGACACAGAUCUUUUCGCGCUGGGCGUUGAUUCCUUACAAGCUCUGCGUGCGAGGGCGCAGAUUGUCAAGAUUGCUACACGUGGCCGUCUUAUAGGGCAGAACGUGGUGUUUGAACAUCCCAGUAUCGGUGCAUUAGCAAAAUAUUUGUCAUCAACGGGCUCGAAUAAUAAUUCUAACGAGAAAGAGAGACGACAGGACGCUGAAAAUAUGAAAAGAUUGGUUGAGACGUAUAGUAGCUUCGCGUCACAUGUGUCUGUCGAGACACCCGCCGAAAGGACGUUAGAUGGCCGUGUUAUCAUAGUCACUGGUGCAACUGGAUCACUAGGAGCUCAUGUCGUCUCGCAAUUGAUCAAACGUGCAGAUAUAAUUCGGGUUCAUUGCCUUGUUCGAGCAUCAUCGAUCGAUCAAGCUCAUUCACGGGUGGUCAGCUCAUUGCAGCAGCGGAAGCUAUGCGAUUCUAUUUCACCUUUUGAACUGAGGAAGAUUUCUGCUCAAGGAUCGAGUUUUAGCGAAGAGAACCUUGGACUGAACGAGCAGACGUAUCAGUGUAUGUUACGGGAAGUGGACACAGUUAUCCACCUUGCCUGGGCUGUAAAUUUUAAUCUUGGUCUGUCAAGUCUCGAAAGUCAGAUACGCGGCACCCACAACCUCAUCAAGUUUUGCCUGUCGACGCACUCCUUGAAGCCAGCAAGGUUUUAUUUUGCGUCCUCGAUCGCGGCCGUCAUAAACACCCCUGGACCGGCAAGGAUCCCGGAAAAGAUCCCAGAUACAACUUGUGACAGUAUAUUCCACAAUGCCCAAUUUUCUGGGUACGGACAAUCAAAGCUCGUAGCAGAGCUUAUCUGUGCUCGGGCGGCAAAGCUCGGUAUGGUUUGCAGAGUUUUCCGCCUAGGACAGAUCAUAGGGGACACCGAGCAUGGUAUCUGGAACCCCCAAGAGGCGAUUCCUCUAAUUAUACGAAGCGCCAUCACAAUCGGCGCUCUGCCCGAACUUAACGAGCAACUGAGCUGGCUACCGGUUGAUACCGCGGCCAGUGCCAUUCUAGACUUGACUUUCCCGCAGGACAGAGACGUAGAUAUGGAUCCGGGUGCGCUGCUUCACAUAAUCCAUCCCACAACUGUCGACUGGAGCCGCGAUCUCCUUCCUGCCCUCCAUGCGGCAGGGCUGGAGUUUGAACAGCUCCCUCCGAGUGAAUGGGUAAAGAGACUACGGGCAAAUCAGGACCCUGUAGCUAACCCUCCGAUAAAGCUAAUCGGCUUCUUUGAGGCCAAGUACGGUAGCGAUAAUAAGGAGAUUGAGCAGUUAUACUUCUGCACGGAUCUUGCAAGCUACCUAUCUCCAACGCUGCAUUCCGCAAGGCCGCUCUCACACUCACUUGUGGCAAAGAUAGUUAGGCAUUGGCGGAUAGAGUGUUGGAAUGAUACCAACAGCGACUUAAGAGGAUGA